AUGGCGGGCUCCGGGGGCCUGUCAGAGUGGAGUGAGGGCGCCUGCGUUUGGUUCCAACCGACAGGCGCGCCCACUCCUCUACCUGGCGAGCUUGUGGAGGUGCACCGAGCCGCCAGGGUGCUCCUAGUGUCCGCUCAAAUCAAUGGACAGCCACAAACUUUCGCCCUCCAAAUGGGCAAUGGUGAAGAUGAAGGCGAUCCAGUAUGGCCGAGGGAAGAGUUAGGUCCAACAGGCGUAGAUGACAUGACUCGUCUCCACGACCUACACGAAGCGGCACUACUAUGGAACCUGAAGCUCAGAUAUGAACAAGGAUUAAUAUAUACCUAUGCGGGGUCUAUAUUAGUAGCUGUGAAUCCUUAUAGACCUGUCGACGCUCUGUACGGACUGCAGACUGCGAGAAGAUACCACGCAGCAGAGGCACUAGGCGAUCUCCCACCUCAUUUGUUUGCCAUAGCGGCCGCGGCACGUGCGUCCCUCCCACAACCUCAAGCCAUCCUUAUCUCAGGCGAAUCCGGCGCAGGAAAAACCGAAUCCACCAAACUAGCAGUCCAAUUUCUGGCUGCAGUUGCCCCCGCACCUCCAGGCAGAGCACCAGUCUCUGAACAGAUAUUGGAAGCAGCUCCUCUUCUCGAAGCCUUUGGUAAUGCAAGGACACCAAAAAAUCACAACUCUAGUCGAUUUGGGAAACUCUUAGAAUUAUACUUUAAAGAUGGCUCCUUAGCUGGAGCAAGAGUUGCACAUUACUUACUAGAAAAAUCCCGAAUAGUGACGCAGUCACCAGGAGAAAGAAAUUACCAUGUAUUCUAUGAAUUACUUGCUGGAUUAGAUCAAGAACAAAGACGUUCUCGAGGUCUUUUGACAGCUGAACAUUACUUUUAUUUAAAUCAAGGCGGCGAUUCUGGUGGUGCAGGUGCUGGAGCAGAUUGGUCUGCGCUCUGUGGUGCUAUGCAAGUCCUUGGUAUAGGAGACGCUGAACGAGAAGAUAUUGUUAGAGUUUUAGCAUCUGUUUUGCACUUAGGCAAUGUAUAUUUUCAUAGAAGACAGCUGCGGCACGGACAAGAAGGUGUACAAUUGGGUGGGGGUGCGGAAGUUCGCUGGGCUGCUCACUUGCUUAAAGUACCUGCUGAAGCGCUAGCCAGGGCUUUAACCACUAGGGUGACAGCAGCUAGAGCAGAACGGAUGAGGUCGCCACUACCAAUCGACCAAGCUCUAGAUGCGAGAGAUGCCUUUGCCAAAGCCCUAUACUCGUCAUUAUUCAACUGGCUGGUUUUACGAAUCAAUUCGAUAGUUCAUCGAGCUGGUCUACACGACGCUCACAGAAUUUCUCUCCUGGACAUCUUUGGUUUUGAAGACUUGGAAGAGAAUUCUUUUGAGCAGCUUUGCAUUAACUACGCCAACGAAACACUGCAGCAUUAUUUCAAUAAACAUAUAUUUAAGUUGGAGCAACAGGAGUAUCAAAAAGAGAGACUGGAAUGGUCGAACUUAACUUGGAACGACAACUCUCCGGUGAUACAAUUGUUGAGUAAAAAGCCUGUGGGAAUUCUGCACCUUCUCGACGAUGAGAGCAACUUCCCUCGGGCAUCAGAUGCCUCUUUCCUGGAGAAGUGCCAUUAUAAUCACGCUUUAAAUGAGCUUUAUUCAAGACCAAGAUUAGGAGCAAACGAAUUUGGGAUAAAGCAUUACGCUGGACAAGUCUGGUAUAAUGUCGAGGGCUUUCUAGACAAGAACAGGGAUGCCCUCAGAGCCGAUGUCCUGGAACUGUUAUGUAGCAGUGAGGUCCCUCUUGUCGCAGAGAUGUCGGCGCAGUUACGCGCGCAACAUGACGCCAAUAAGACUUUGCCAAGAGGUGCCAAUGGGCGCUUUGUUACUAUGAAACCUAGGACACCUACUGUUGCGGCUAGGUUCUCAGACAGUCUCCAUCAGCUCCUCGAGUCUAUGUCCCGCUGCAACCCCUGGUUCGUUCGUUGCAUCAAGCCGAACACUGACAAGUCGCCCAUGAAGUUCGACAUGCCCUGCGUUUUAGCCCAGCUCCGUUACACUGGAAUGUUGGACACCAUUAAGAUUAGGCAGACUGGCUACCCUAUAAGAAUACCUUUCCAGAGCUUCGUUGAGCGAUACAGGUACCUGUUGACAUCUACACCGACCCGUGCAACACCAUACAGAGAGAUUUGUAAUUCAAUACUCGCUGAGAUGCCCCCCACUGGCGCCGCUGGUGCUGACUACCAGUUAGGCGCCGCGCGAGUGUUCCUCAGAGAGGCGCUGCACAGAGGGCUGGAGAGAGCCCGUGGUGACAAGUUACGAGCAGCGGCUACUACGCUGCAAGCACACUUCCGCGGCUAUCUGGCUCGGAAACACUACGGUCAGAUCCGCGAGUCGACCGUGGUGGUGCAAGCAUGGUGGCGUGGUGUGCGUCAACGGCGAAGGUUCCUGUGCGCGCAGCGCGGGGUCGUGCGUGCGCAGGCGCUGGUGCGGGGCCGGCGCGCGCGGCGCCGCUUCGCCGCGCUCAGGGAGCAGCAGCGGCGCCGGGCUGAAGCGCAGCAGGCGGCCGCUAAACGUCGAGCUGCUGAACAGAAGGCCGAACAGAAGGCGGAACAGAGGGCCGAACAAAAGGCCGAACAAAAGGCUGCACAGAAAGCAAAGGCGGAGAGUCUACAAGUGCUGGAAGUGCCAGCUGAGCUCGCCUUCAUACUGUCCAAGCUUGACGAGUGGCAACCCCCACAUUCGGAAAGGAACAUUGCGAAGGUGUCUGGUGACGUAUACGCAGAAGAAGAACGGAUUCAGUUGCCCCGCGACCUCAAUCAGUUCGCGUUCUCCAAGUUCAGCUCUGUUUACUUCGCUGACGGCGGGCACCUCAGUCCCAGAAAACAUCCCAUUACUAGACCGUUUUUGGCUAAAGCUGCUGUUAGAGAUCAAGAUUUUAACGAUGCUGUCGCUACCUUCAAGUUGAUAUUGAGAUGGUGCGAUGAAACUGCUGCAGGAAAUGAAGCCAGACAAAAGGUCCUGGCGGACUACAUAGCGUCCCGUGGUCUCGCGUCACGAGGUCUGCGCGAUGAAGUGUUGGUGCAGAUAUGCAACCAGGCGAGCGGUGACAACCCUGCUGAUCGAGUGUGGCAACUUAUGGCACAUUGUCUCGCUGCCUUCCAGCCGGGACCGCCGUUGCAUAAGUACCUGGUGCGGUUCGUGUCGGAGCGCGCUGCGGGGCGGUGGCGGGCGGCGCUGGUGCGCGCGCUGUGCGGCGGCGGCGCCAGCGGGGCGCGCGGGGCCGGUGUGGCGCGCCGCUGCCCCCCCACCAUGCUCGAGUGGAAGGCCGCCAACACCGACGCCAAACCCGCUCUGCCGCUACGACUAUACGACGAUACGGUCCAGCAUGUGAGCGUAGACUCGUGGAUGUCGUGCGAGCGCGCCGCGGCUGCCGCGCUGGCGGCCGCGGGGGUGGCGCGGGCCGCCACGGGCUGGUCGCUCACCAUGGAACACAACGGACAACUCACUGAGUGGGCAGGGUGCGAAUACGUGCUGGACGCAGUAGGCGAAAUCGAGACGUGGGCCGCGCUGCCGUCGGGCCGCGCCGAGCCGCUCCGCGCCGCGCCGGCCCGCCACACGCCGCCCGCGCCGCCGCCCCGGGGCUCCUCCGUCGACACCGAGAAGAACUCCCGCCCUCAGAUUCCACCUCCUGAACCACCAAAGUCUCGUUCUCCGAGCAUUCCUCGAAUGCUACAAGACUCCAUAAUCGACGAGGAUAGCUCAGAAUAUAAUUGGAACAGUUCUAGAAUGGAACAGCGUGAAGAAACACAUGCUACCACAAAACAUUCAAACGAAUAUUCCCGCAAAAUUUCACAUGACAUUCUUUCUAGAGAAUCAGCUCUUAACGAGAGAUACUUCGAACAAAAUUCUGAUAAAGUACGAUCAAGAUCUUUAGAUAACCUUCUAGGCGACAACCCUGCACCACAGCCUACGAAAUUGGCCGACUUAGGACUCUCUCAAUCGAGACUAAAUGAUCGCUAUCACUCGGUUGAAAGGUUACACGGAGCACCCAGUGUAACCAGUAGUAAAGGAGCAAUGGAAAUGGAAUAUGGCACAGGAUCAAGAGUGUUGCCGUCGAGGUAUAUAAAGUCACAGUAUGCUGGUAAACGGGCACCGGCUGGUUCGCAGUCAAGUCGUGCGUACAUUGAGAAGAGUUCAGAGUUCGGAGGUGUUAGAUCAUCAGCAAUGUCAGACACAUCCGAAGCACCGAGUCUCGCAUCUCACGUUCGUCGAGUCCGCGUUCCGAGCCAGGCAUCUGACGUCGACCAGUUCUUAGACGAUCUGUUCUCUCCAGUUCUGGAUCCUAAUAUUGAUGAGAUGUCCGACGCACGCUCAUUAGCCGCCAGCAUCAAAGGAGGCAAGAACUAUAGCGAUUUCAUCGACAGUGUCCUCAACUGCGAAUACAACGAACAAAUAGAUGUAUUAAACAACGCAACUAAGAUAGCAAAUGUUAUUAAAGGCGGGGGGACUAAAGAAGAUAAAGAGAAGGGUAGAGCGAGCCGAAAAGAGUCCAGUGUGGACUCUGUCGAUGACUAUAUAACGAAUCUAUUUGACCCAAUUUUCGUAAACGACAGUUUGAAACGUCUGACUGACGGAGAAGGGCUAUCCGGUGCCAUAAAAGGUGGAGGAGCUACUCCAAGAGCAGCUACUGCCAAUUCAUCCUUGAGCUUUUCCACCAUGCCCUUACCUCCAACGAUGCCGACGACUCCUGAAGCUCUGGCAGCGGCAUUGGGUCUUCAUCUACCUCCUCCAGGCACUGUCGACAUAAAUGCUUAUCAUCAAAAUUUGCAACGGGCGUUCUUACAGAGUGCAAUGGCUCAAAAUCUUCAAAUCCAGCAGCAAUUGUUGGCACAAAAUCAAGCUUUGCAAACCCUAUUAUCUGGCCAGGUCGUUGAACCAUCGGAAUCGGAACCAACUUCUCCAGUCCGCUCUUCGUCAGUAAUUCAUGCUCAAGUACACGCUCAAGUACACUCUCCGCCCAGAAGUUCAGCUAAAACUAGACGAGAGUCUAAUGAAAGCGCGUCCCCGGGUGCUCCUCCGCCUCCCCCACCUCCUAUGCCCCCACCACUUCACUCUAGUGAUCCUUCCGUAAUUACCGGUUUCAUUGAUCCUUAUGGACGUGCUAAGACAGUUCGUAUCGGGAAAUGGAGAUGGCCGCCUCCAAAAGACGCUGUCGGGCAAGACCCUACACAAGACUUUACCAAGUUUAAACUACGACAAAUUCAGCGAAGACACACGCCUCAGGCGCAACCAAACGGUAUCGAGCACGAACCGCCUCGGGGUCGGUCUAAGUCAGAAACUACUCCGGCGGGAAUAGAGUGGGAAGAGUUUGAAGUUGAUAGACCAGCAAUAUCACCAAGUAGAGAGCCGCCGAACCAGCGAACGGCUAGACGAAGCUUUGAAAUCGGAGCGCAGCGUCCAUCCCCUGGUAGUGUUGGAAAAUUAAAACUAAGUUCUGAAAUGAGACAACGACUGGAAAGAGUGACUGCCAAUCACUCGGUAAGAAGCACAUCGUCUGCAGCGGAAACUCCACGCACUAUCAAUAAGCUAGAAGAUACUAGAAAGCUAAUGUUAGAACGUCAGCUUGGAGGUGGAGGUAGAUGGGACGCUCCACCGCCACCGUUACCUCCAGCGCCUCCAGGCCCCGCUCCUCCUCCGCCAAAGUCACCGCCAACACCUCCAGAUGGUCCAGCGCCUCCUCCACCCGCACCUGACCUAUCUACUUUCGCACAACUCCGUCGUGAUAGAGACACAUUUGGAGUUCACCAAAACAGGGAAGCUGAUGAUCGCCACUCUUUCUUAGCCAAUUGGAAUUCAAGACGUAGAGAGGAUUCUGAGCCUCCUCACGAUGACCUUGCUACUCGCUUCUUAACUUCCGAUCGUCGCGAAAGACGGAUAAGAGACGAUUGGGGAGAUGAAUCUGAAAUACAAGACCGUAUUUACGGUGAAGAACGAAUGUCACAAGGCCGUGACGAAUGGGAUUCCGAAUCUGGUCACGACACUACCGGUCGACGCGACAAUUUUAAUGGUCAAGAAUCGUCUGAAAUUUAUGAAGUGCACAAUACAAGGAACGAGCGUAGGAAAGAGCAAAACGAAAUGACAGACACUUUUGAACGUAAGCGUUCUCCGUUUUAUGAUGAUUUUGAACGGUUCGAUGGCAGGAAGAAUUCUCGAGAUAUGCUUGUCGGUCGAGCAAGAGACAGCCCACGAUCCGACAUCCUGUUCCCUCAAGAGACGACGGACACAUCAAAGAGAACGACAGAAAGGGCAACUUUCAAGACUCACAUGGUACAGAAAGAAAGAGAUAGACAAAAAGAGGCUGAAAGACGACAUUCAGUUUCAACUCACGCCACUGACAGAACUGAGCAUAUUGAGAGAGAUGCACCAGCCCCUGCAGCGUUCUUACCAGCUGACCGUUCAUUCCUCACGUACAGUCGAGUACCGUGGAAACUGCGCGUGCGCAAAGAAAUUUUCACACCUUUAGAAACAUACAACGACCCAGCCAUAUUAGACCUACUUUAUGCACAGAUCGUGCACGACAUCAACUCUACAACCCCAUCACUCCGGAUGAGCCCAAGCGAACGUCGCGCGGGACAGGCCUGGCUUCGAUCCCAGGGCAAUGCUCCUGUACGAAGUCACACCAAACGCCAGGCCGUAGAGAUGGCGAGAUCAUGGCCUUUCUACUUCGCGAGACUAUUCUCAGCCAGGGUUCCUCCUGGUGAAAACGCCGUAUUGGCUGUAUCACAUAACGCUGUCACUAUUGGUGUUAAAGGACCGGCAGGCCUUACAAUCCGCCGCACGCUAUCACUGAGCGGCCUCCGUGCGUCGUCGUCGGCGCCACACUCCCUGCAGCUGUCGAGCUCGCGCGAUCCGCCCCUGACGUUGCACGUGCCUCUAGCACAUCACGCGCACUCACUCAUAGCGGAAUAUGCUCUGCAGUAUUCUCAGCUUCUGAAUAACCAAGAAAAACCAGUUAACUCAGAAUUCGAUAUUGGUUGUUUCGAUUAA